AUGGCAGAGGCCAAUAUUUCAGUAGGUCAGGACCAGUUCGCGUGUCCAGUCUGUCUGGAUCUCCUUAAGGAUCCUGUGACUAUUCCCUGUGGACACAGUUACUGUAUGGGCUGUAUUAAGGGCUGCUGGGAUCAGGAUGAUCAGAAGGGAGUCUACAGCUGCCCCCAGUGCAGACAGACCUUCAGUCCAAGACCAGUUCUGGGAAAAAAUGCCAUACUGGCAGAAAUGGUGGAGAAACUGAAGAAGACGAGACUCCAAGCUGCUGCUCCUCCUGCUCACUGUUAUGCUGGACCUGGAGAUGUGGAGUGUGGUGUUUGUACUGGGGGAAAACUCAAAGCCAUCAAGUCCUGUCUGGUGUGUCUGGAUUCCUACUGUCAAACUCACUUUGAACAACAUGAAAAACUGUUCAAAGGGAAGAGACACAAUGUGACUGAUGCCACAGGAAAACUACAAGACCAGAUUUGCCCUCAUCAUAACGAACUGAUUAAGCUGUGGUGUCGAACAGACCAACAGUUCAUGUGUUAUCUGUGUAUGGUGGAUGAACACAGAGACCAUAAAACAGUAUCAGUGGCAGCAGAGAGGACUGAAAAACAGAAACAGUUGGGAGAAAGUCAGAGGAAAACCCAGCAGAGAAUCCAGGAGAGAGAGAAGGAGGUGCAGGAGCUGAGACAGGCUGUGGAGUCUCUGAGGCGCUCUGCCCAGGCAGCAGUGGAGGACAGUGAGAGGAUCUUUACUGAGCUGAUCCGCUCCAUUGAGAGAAGGUGCCGUGAGGUGACAGAGCUGAUCAGAGAUCAGGAGAAGAGUGAAUUGAGUCAGGCUGAAGGAGUCCUGGAGCGACUGGAGCAGGAGAUUUCUGAUCUGAGGAGGAGGGACACUGAGCUGGAGCAGCUUUCACACACAGAGGAUCACAUCCAUUUCCUCCAGAGUUUCUCAUCUCUCUGUUCCCCUCCUGGAUCUGAAGACUUACCCAGCAUCACUGUCAGUCCACACCUCUCUUUUGAGGAUGUAGGAAAAUCUGUCUCUCAGCUGAAAGAGCGACUUGAGGAUUUCUGUAAGAAUGAGUUUGGAAGACUUUCCAGUGAAGUGACAAACACUGACAUCAUUCCUCUCCCUGAUCCCAAAACCAGAGAGCAGUUCUUACAAUAUUCCUGUGAUCUCACACUGGAUCCCAACACAGCAAAUAAUCACCUCUGUCUGUCUGAGGGGAACAGAGUGGUGACAUGGAGUAACACAGUCCAGUCAUAUCCUGAUCAUCCAGAGAGAUUUGAUGGGUGGUGUCAGGUGUUGUGUAGAGAGAGUGUGUCUGAACGCUGUUACUGGGAGACUGAGUGGAGUGGGGAUAAGGGGGUUUAUAUAUCAGUGUCAUAUAAAGACAUCAGGAGGAAAGGAGAUGGUAAUGAGUGUUGGUUUGGAUGUAAUGAUCAGUCCUCGAGUUUAGACUGUUCUCCCUCUAAUUACUCAUUCAGAUACAAUAAUAAAGUGACUAAACUCCCCAUAGUUCCCAGUUCCUCCAGAAUAGGAGUGUAUGUGGACCACAGGGCAGGAACUCUGUCCUUCUACAGCAUCUCUGACACAAUGACCCUCCUCCACAGAGUCCACACCACAUUCACUCAGCCCCUCUAUCCUGGGUUUACUGUCUGUGGUGGGUCAACAGUGAGGCGCUGGGGCACUGGGAGCAGUGCAAGGGGGUGCAGGUACGGAGGAGCUCCAUGCAGGGGUGAUCUGGAGAGGAUCCGGGGCCUCGGGGUGGGGGCUGAAUCGGGAAAGGAUGCAAACAGCGGGCACUUCCUGUGGCGGCUCAGCCGGAAGCUUCCAGCGCCCAGUCGUCACCAGGCUGAGGACCUGGGAGAGACACCCCUGAUGGGUUUCCAUGAGCCGCAGGUGUCGUGUAUCAGAGGGCAGUCAGCCAUGUCUCCACCGUGUCUCCAUCAGAGCUCUCUCCCCAUGCACAUGUGUAAAACUCAGCAUCGUAAAAUGGCAGAGGCCAGUAUUUCAGAGUUUCAGGACCAGUUUAUGUGCCCAGUCUGUCUGGAUCUCCUUAAGGAUCCUGUGGCUAUUCCCUGUGGACACAGUUACUGUAUGGGCUGUAUUAAGGGCUGCUGGGAUCAGGAUGAUCAGAAGGGAGUCUACAGCUGCCCCCAGUGCAGACAGACCUUCACACUAAGACCAGUUCUAUGUAAAAAUGCUAUGCUGGCUGAAGUGGUGGAGAAACUGAAGAAGACGAGACCCCAACCUACUGCUCCUCCUGCUCACUGUGACACUGGAGAUGUGGAGUGUGAUUUAUGCAUCAAGAAGAAAGAAAAAGCCGUCAAGUCCUGUCUGACAUGUCUGGUUUCAUACUGUCAGACUCACCUCCAGCCUCACUAUGAAUCUCCUGCCCUUCAGAAACACACGCUGGUCAAAGCCUCCACACGACUACAGGACCAGAUUUGUCAGCGUCACAACAAACUGAUAGAACUUUGGUGUCAAACUGACCAACAGUUCAUGUGUUAUCUGUGUAUGGUGGAUGAGCACAGAGAGCAUAAAACAUUAUCAGUGGCAGCAGAGAGGACUGAAAGACAGAAAGAGCUGGGAGAAAGUCAGAGGAAAAACCAGCAGAGAAUCCAGGAGAGAGAGAAGGAGGUGCAAGAGCUGAGACAGGCUGUGGAGUCUCUGAGGCGCUCUGCACAGGCAGCAGUGGAGGACAGUGAGAGGAUCUUUACUGAGCUGAUCCGCUCCAUUGAGAGAAGGUGCCGUGAGUUGACAGAGCUUAUCAGAGAUCAGGAGAAGAGUGAAUUGAGUCAGGCUGAAGGAGUCCUGGAGCGACUGGAGCAGGAGAUUUCUGAUCUGAGGAGGAGAGACACUGAGCUGGAGCAGCUUUCACACACAGAGGAUCACAUCCAUUUCCUCCAGAGUUUCUCAUUUGUCUGUUCCCCUCCUGGAUCUGAAGACUCACUCAGCAUCACUGUCAGUCCACACCUCUCUUUUGAGGAUGUAGGAAAAUCUGUCUCUCAGCUGAAAGAGCAACUGGAGGAUUUCUGGAAGGAGGAGUUUGGAAGACUUUCCAGUAAAGUGACAAACACUGAGAUCAUUCCUCUUCCUGAACCCAAAACCAGAGAGCAGUUCUUACAAUAUUCCUGUGAUCUCACACUGGAUCCCAACACAGCCCAUAAAUACCUCUGUCUGUCUGAGGGGAACAGAGUGGUGACAUGGAGUAACACAGCCCAGUCAUAUCCUGAUCAUCCAGAGAGAUUUGAUGGGUGGUAUCAGGUGUUGUGUAGAGAGAGUGUGUCUGAACGCUGUUACUGGGAGACUGAGUGGAGUGGGGAUAAGGGGGUUUAUAUAUCAGUGUCAUAUAAAGACAUCAGGAGGAAAGGACGGGGUGAUGAGUGUCUGUUUGGAUUUAAUGAUCAGUCCUGGAGUUUGGACUGUUUUCCCUCUGAUUACUCAUUCUACAGAAAUAAUAAAGAGACUAAACUCCCCAUAGUUCCCAGUUCCUCCAGAAUAGGAGUGUAUGUGGACCACAGGGCAGGAACUCUGUCCUUCUACAGCGUCUCUAUCACAAUGACCCUCCUCCACAGAGUCCACACCACAUUCACUCAGCCCCUCUAUCCUGGGUUUAAUAUCGAGGCAGGGACAAAAGUGAGGUUGUUACAAGACAGUCAGGCAGGACUGGGCUGGGGAGAAUCAGUGCAGUUCUGGUCCAAAGCCACAAGGGAGCAGAGGAAGACCAUGAUCGUGGAGGAGGUCACAUGGGCGGAGCAGGAGCGCUACCUCAUCAAGGCAGUGUCCCAGGGCCAGCAAGGCGCAUGGACACGGUGGGAGGCCACCACAAGCAGAGGCAUCAGCUGGGCAGACCGGUUUGGGAGUGAGGACGAGUGCCCGCCGGGCAGCAACAGCAACACAGGCCUCCAGCACAUCCUGUCAGGGUUCAGGGUUACGCUGGCGGAGGGCCGCUUCAGGUGGAGGCACCACCCGGUGCUGAGGAAGCCGGCAGAGCUGUUGGAGAAGCGCAGGUGUGUGAUCAGUAAAAUGGCAGAGGCCAGUAUUUCUGUUGGUGAGGACCAGUUCAUGUGUCCAGUCUGUCUGGAUCUCCUUAAGGAUCCUGUGGCUAUUCCCUGUGGACACAGUUACUGUAUGGGCUGUAUUAAGGGCUGCUGGGAUCAGGAUGAUCAGAAGGGAGUCUACAGCUGCCCCCAGUGCAGACAGACCUUCAGUCCAAGACCAGUUCUAUAUAAAAACACUAUGCUGGGCGAAGUGGUGGAGAAACUGAAGAAGACAAGACUCCAAGCUGCUGCUCCUGCUGCUCACUGUGACACUGGAGAUGUGGAGUGUGAUUUAUGCAUCAAGAAGAAAGAAAAAGCCGUCAAGUCCUGUCUGACAUGUCUGGCUUCAUACUGUCAGACUCACCUCCAGUCUCACUAUGAAUCUCCUGCCCUCCAGAAACACACGCUGGUCAAAGCCUCCACACGACUACAGGACCAGAUUUGCCCUCAUCAUAACGAACUGAUAAAGCUUUGGUGUCGAACCGACCAACAGUUCAUGUGUUAUCUGUGUAUGGUGGAUGAGCACAGAGACCAUAAAACAAUAUCAGUGGCAGCAGAGAGGACUGAAAGACAGAAAGAUUUGGGAGAAAUUCAGAGGAAAACCCAGCAGAGAAUCCAGGAGAGAGAGAAGGAGGUGCAGGAGUUGAGACACGCUGUGGAGUCUCUGAGGCACUCUGCACAGGCAGCAGUGGAGGACAGUGAGAGGAUCUUUACUGAGCUGAUCCGCUCCAUUGAGAGAAGGUGUCGUGAGGUGACAGAGCUGAUCAGAGAUCAGGAGAGGAGUGAAUUGAGUCAGGCUGAGGGAGUCCUGGAGCGACUGGAGCAGGAGAUUUCUGAUCUGAGGAGGAGAGACGCUGAGCUGGAGCAGCUUUCACACACAGAGGAUCACAUCCAUUUCCUCCAGAGUUUCUCAUCUCUCUGUUCCCCUCCUGGAUCUGAAGUCUUACCCAGCAUCACUGUCAGUCCACACCUCUCUUUUGAGGAUGUAGGAAAAUCUGUCUCUCAGCUGGACGAGCGACUGGAGGAUUUCUGGAAGAAGGAGUUUGGAAGACUUUUCAGUAAAGUGAGAAACACUGACAUCAUUCCUCUCCCUGAACCCAAAACCAGAGAGGAGUACUUACAGUAUUCCUGUGAUCUCACACUGGAUCCCAACACAGCACAUAAACACCUCUGUCUGUCUGAAGGGAACAGAGUGGUGACAUGGAGUAACACAGUCCAGUCAUAUCCUGAUCAUCCAGAGAGAUUUGAUGGGUGGUAUCAGGUGUUGUGUAGAGAGAGUGUGUCUGAACGCUGUUACUGGGAGACUGAGUGGAGUGGGGAUAAGGGGGUUUCUAUAUCAGUGUCAUAUAAAGACAUCAGGAGGAAAGGACGGGGUUAUGAGUCUUUGUUUGGAUGUAACGAUCAGUCCUGGAGAUUUUACUGCUCUCCCUCUCAUUACUCAUUUAUCAAUUAUGCAGAGACUGAACUCCCCAUAGUUCCCAGUUCCUCCAGAAUAGGAGUGUAUGUGGACCACAGGGCAGGAACUCUGUCCUUCUACAGCGUCUCUGACACAAUGACCCUCCUCCACAGAGUCCACACCACAUUCACUCAGCCCCUCUACGUUGGGUUUCAUGUCUGUGCUGGGACAACAGUGAGGUUAUGUCACCAUCCAAAAUGA